AUGGCAGACGCUGUGCGAAAUAUCAUCAUGAAGCUUGGGAGAAAGGUCCAUUCACUAGAAACAGCCACUAAGCAUGUAAAAACGCUGCUCCAGUUAGCUAUGAAGAAGAAAUUGAAGCUUGACUCUGAUCUACACGAUGAAAUCAUGGUCACUGUGCUCUCGGAUUAUCCAGAGUUCUAUGCAGAUUGGUCCGAGGAUGACACCAGUGAGCUUUUGAUGCUGGCCUCCGAGGUGAGUGAUGAGGUUUGCCCUACAUCUAUCCCAGAGCCUGCAGAUGGGAAUCGUGCUGUGGCAUUCCUUCAGUAUUUUGCUCAACGGGCACUUGAAUCCGAAGAGGUCUCACGUCGUCGAGCAGCAGCUCAACCCCGCUACCUACAAGCUGCCCAGGACGAAGCCACACGCCGGAUUGAGUUUCUUCCUAACAGGUCCAAUACCUCCGAAUCUCCUAUUGAAAUCUCUCUUGAUAAGCCUGAUGAUUUAGUCUCUGAUGUUAUUCCGUCUGCUUUGCCUAUUGUUGAAACUGAUAAUAAAGAUAAAUCCUCCGAUUUGGCCAACGAUCUUAGUUUGGUUGUUUACUCUGCUGAAAAAGUUACUAUGCCCUCUAUUGAAAUUGUUGUGUCCCCAAGAGAAAUCUGUCCGUCUGAGAAUCCCUCUAGCUUGCCCACUGAAAUUGAGGCUGCCGGUAUCUCAAAUCCCCAUGCAUCUGAUCAAAUAGAUGGGGUGCCAGUCUACACUUCUUCAUCAUUGGCUGAGAGCUUUGAACAUAUCCGGCACUUUGCAAGUUUACCCACUGCCUCUAUUCCAGAACCGUAUCAUGUUAUUCAUCCUUCUGAGUCCUCAAGUGAAGAUGAAAAGAUUCUUGCUGAAGUUUAUGGUCCACAAGCCCAUUUGUCUAAACCCCCUUCGGUUGAGGCUACUGCGCAUCAUGACUCAACCCCCUUCAAGAUUCGAGAAGUUACCAGUCUUCUUGGAAGUUCUUCUGUCCAAGUUUCUAAGACAAGUCACUCUAUGUAUCCAAGCCCUUCUGCUCAUUCCCCAUCCAAAGAGACGAGAAAAUCCAAACGAAAGAGUGUCCCUGUGAAAGUGGUUGUGGAAUCUGGUGAUGACAAUCUUGAUGUGGCUCAACCUGAGAAGAGGAGAAAGUCUGUGGGCCUGUUGAAGACUGUCUCCUCCAUUUGUCCUUAUUUGAAGCUUCUGACUUACGAGUUCUACUGUAAUCUCAAUGAGGAGAUUGACAAUUUGUCCGGGACGCGACCAAUGCAAAUCUUCAUUCGCGGAAAAUGGUAUGUCUUCGGCCCUGACAUGAUAAAUGAGUAUUAUGGUUUGAAAGGUGUGCACAAAGAAGAAAUCACAGACUGGGAUUUGGUGGCAAAGACCCUCACAGGUGGACAAACUGAUACAUGGCCUACGGGUGAAAAAGAUUAUUUGUCUAGCUCACAACUCACCUCCAAAUAUGUCAUCUUGCACCGUCUUGCACUUCACAAUUGGCUUCCAUCAGCUCACUUUCAUACGGUCGGCAAGCAAUUGGCAGCUCUCUUGUUUCGGAUUGGGACAAAGAUGCCUAUUGAUCUAGGGUCCUGGAUCUAUUAUCAUAUCCUCACUUUGAUCCAUCCUCGAGAGCCGAAGGUACGGUUGCCAUUCCCUAAUUUGAUAUUUGGGGUUCUAACAUCGCAGGGCCUUGAGCCAAUGCCUAGUGAGGUGAUUAGUCCGACUCUUCUUUAUACUGUUGAUCCUCGUCUUCUGACUGGAGGUAACAUCCGAGACGUUACACCGGUGAUUGCUCCUUCCACUUCUGAUGCUGAUACGUUGGCUGAUGUUUCGCCACAUGCGAAAGAUGUCCAACUCUCUCUUCAUCUAAAAGCCCGGGUAUCUGAACUUGAGACUGUUCAUGGAAUCAUUGCGAAGCAGCUGACAGGGGCCCGUACUGAAUUGGCUACUGUUCUUUUCCGCUUGAGCUUCAUGGAAUCUGCUGCUGCCGAUGCUGCUUAG